AGGAAGUCCACAGACAUGGAAAUAAAGAACUACAGUAGCAGCGCUUCAGGUUUCAUCCUUCUGGGACUCUCCUCCAAUCCUCAGCUGGAGAAGCCUCUCUUUGCCAUCUUCCUCACCAUGUACCUGGUCACGGUCGUGGGAAAUGUGCUCAUCAUCCUAGCCAUACAUUCUGACUCUAGGCUCCAUACCCCUAUGUACUUUUUCCUCAGCAACUUGUCCUUCAUAGAUAUCUGCUUUGUAACCGUCAUUAUGCCCAAGACACUGGUGAACUUACUAUCAGAGACAAAGACUAUCUCCUACGUGGGCUGCCUCGUCCAGAUGUACUUCUUCAUGGCUUUCGGGAAUACUGACAGCUACCUCCUGGCCUCCAUGGCCAUAGACCGACUGGUGGCCAUCUGUGACCCCUUCCAUUAUGAUGUGGUCAUGAACCUACGGCGUUGCCUUCUCAUGUUACUGGGUUCUUGCACUAUAUCUCACCUGCACUCCUUGCUCCGUGUGCUGCUCAUGUCUCGCCUGUCUUUCUGUGCCUCUCACGUCAUUAAGCACUUUUUUUGUGAUACCCAGCCUGUGCUAAAGCUGUCCUGCUCUGACACCUCCUUCAGCCAGAUUGUCGUCAUGACCGAGACCCUGGCUGUCAUUGUGACCCCUUUCCUGUGCAUACUCUUCUCCUACAUGCGCAUUAUCAUCACUGUGCUCAGAAUCCCCUCUGCAGCUGGGAAGUGGAAGGCUUUCUCUACCUGUAGCUCCCACCUCACUGUAGUAGCCCUGUUCUAUGGGAGUGUCAUCUAUGUUUAUUUUAGGCCCCUGUCCAUGUACUCAGUAGUGAAGGACAGAGUAGCUACAGUUAUGUUCACGGUGGUGACACCCAUGUUGAAUCCUUUCAUUUACAGCCUGAGGAACAAGGAUAUGAAGAGAGGUUUGGGGAAACUAAGGGACAAAAUUCACUCAUAG